GCUGCUCGCUCGUGCCCGCGGGGGAAACUUCCCGUUCGCGCCCGCGCGGGCGCGGGGCGGGCCCAGCUCCUUCCCAUCGGCCUCGGGUUGCGGGCGUUUCAAACAUGGAGGAGCGGGAGCGGGAACGGGAGCGGGAGAGGGAGCGGGAGCGGGAGCCGUCGGGCCCCGGCAGCCCCAGGCUGGACGUCCGCUCGUCCCGCUUCGACCCGCUGCUGGCCCUGUACGCCCCCCGCCUGCCGCCCAUCCCCUACCCCGACGCGCCCUGCUUCGACAACCUGGCCCACUACGAGAGCUUCCUCCGGGGGCACGGGGGCAGGGCCGCCGGGGGCAGGGCCAGGGCAGGCGGCCCGAGCCCCGGACCCUCCGCGGGCCCCUCCUCCGCCCGCCGCCGCCGGCGCCGCGGGGCCUCCUCCUCCUCCUCCUCCGGGGGGCCCGACCCGGACCGGCUGCAGCGGCUGCGCCGGCUCAUGGCCGUCAGAGAAGAGCAGCAGGAGCAGGAGGAGAAGGGCGCCAAGGGCACCAAGGGCACCAAGGGCACCAAGGGCACCGCGGACCGCAGGAGGAAGGCGCCGCGCAACGUCCUCACCAGGAUGCCCCUGCACGAAGGCAGUCCGCUAGGUGAACUCCACCGCUGCAUUCAAGAAGGAGUGAAGGUCAACGUGCACAUCCGAACUUUCAAGGGACUGCGCGGUGUCUGCUCUGGCUUCUUAGUCGCAUUUGACAAGUUCUGGAACAUGGCUCUGACAGAUGUGGAUGAGACAUACAGAAAACCUGUCCUGGGUAAAGCAUACGACAGGGAGCCUCAACUCACGCUCACCAGGCUGUUUGACAGGUUGAAACUGCAGGAUUCUUCCCUAAAAAAGGAAGCGGAUUCCAAGUCUGCAGUGGCGGACUCCACACUGUCCAGAUAUUCCCAGACAUCUACGUGGAAGGUGGCCUCAGUGUGGGGGAGAGGAGACAGCGAGAGCGGGAGCCAGAAGCGGUCCCGUUCGGCUUCCUCUUCGCUCCUGGCAGGCGGGAAAGAGGUUGCCAAGUCCGAGCCAUCAGGCAGGACUACGCGGACCGAGGGCUCGAGCGCGGGGGGCACUAAUUCCAGGGGCCGGUCCCGUAAGAAAAAGCAGAGGCCCAAAGUGGAUUACCAGCAGGUGUUCACCCGGCACAUUAACCAGAUUUUUAUCCGAGGCGAGAACGUCUUGCUUGUCCACCUCGCGCAGUGACCAGCUGAGGCACACACGGGUCUUUGUAUUUAAAGAAUAAAUAGCAUGAGUUGUAGUUGUGGUUCUGUGCUCCCCAGCAGCCCAGGGAAACGCAAAGUUGUGACGGUACCCUCUGAUCUUGGCUGAAGAGAGGGAGGAGCCAGAUUCAGUGCACUCUGACUCAUCGGGCAGAUCCUCAGAAGGGAAAGGGCAGCGGGACACUCACUGGAGAAGGGCGGGAGGUUGCUCUGGUCAGAGGUAGACGGGAGCCUAUUUACUAAGAUCUGAAUUGGUUUCGGGUGCAUUUCUAAAUGCAGGCAUUAAACACCAAGGGCAGAUGAUACGCUGGUCCUGGUGGGAAUGUCUACAACUCCAUCAGAUGUUAUAGGGUAAAGGAAAAGAUUCCCCCAAAGAAUGCUUUUCUCACCUCAAAGUAAGUGAAUUAAAUCUUCAAGAAAUUAAUACCAGGAAGAGUGGCUUAAAUUGGGGGCAGGCUGCCCCUCAUUUCCACCGCCAAAUUUGGUUUUGCAGAUUGGCUCCUUACCCUUUUUUAAAGUCUGCCUUUUCUUUAGAGGUUGCACUGUAUCAGGACCUCCGUCUGAAAGAGCGAGGCCGGAGAAGGAGGGUAGGGUUAGGUUUGGGCAGACCUAGGGCAGCAAGCCAUUAUCUGCCUGGCCACGUCGGUGUCCGUGUCGUACAAAGAAUGGCGGUGCCCAGCCAGGCCCACCUCAGCGAGGCCAGUGUCCGCAUUUGGACGACCGGCUGUAAAUGUGAAGAGGCUGCGCCGUGACUUGGCAUCAUCCUUUUUUUGCUGUUUCUCUGAGCUACGUGCCAUUGUGCUGCUGCAUGAAAUGGGUGGUGUGGCCUAGUACAGUGUGAGCUGUCUCGUGAGCUAGGAAGUACCUCGCCGGAGGUCGCGUCUUUCGUGUCUGGCUUCAGUGAGCCGCCGAGUCCAGCAUGAACUUGGUACUAUACAUAUCGAAAAGCCUCAACUCUCCCUCCUGGAGAUGGAAAUGCGGGGUGCCUUUCAUCAUGGUCCUAACGUGAAACAGGGAAGCGGGUUCUUCUCUCACGACAGGCCAGGGGGGCUAGUGCUCAUUGCGAAGCGGAGCGCGUUGCCUCGGAGGCACCCUUAACCUGAGCUGGAAAACUCUGCGGGAACCUCUCAGUUAUGAAACUUCCAGAAAAUCUGUUACACUCCUUCCUACUUGAACAGUUCUCUGCUCUAUAAAUCACCCAGUGGAGACCAAGAGGGCUGGCUUCCCCCUCUCCCCCUUCAACAGCAAAAGGCAACUUGUUCAAAGUCAGAGUGAGGAAUGGCUAACCCGGUAAGUUGCCAGAAUGGAAAAGUUUUCUCUUUUUUAUAGCAUCUUGGAUGUACAACAGAAUCCCUGUAGAGAGAGUAGCAGUGAGACCUCAGAGCUCGGUACAGAGUCUGGUCUCAUUUGUAGGUGCUACCCCUGGAUCUGCCCCUGCCUGGAUCACUAGGUGACUGUUGACAAGUCAGUUACAACCCCCCCCCCCCGUGCCUCAGUUUCUCCAUCUGUCUUAUGGGGAGGUGAAAUACCUACCUCAGUGGAGUGUAGGGUGGAUGAAAUAGGGGAAACUGUUUCAAAGACAGUGCUGUAUAAGUGCCAGGCAUCUUUUUACAGAGUCAACUUCCACAGCCUUUCAAGAGUUUUACUGGCAGGUACUAUGUAAUUAAGUCAGUAUUUAUCUUUAGGAAUAAGAUGUGCUACUCUUGUUAUCAGAGAUGCCACCUUUUCAUUGUGAGCUUGGGGGUGGAAAGGUGGGAAGGGUUUUAAGGAGGAUGGAGAUGGGGAGGAGAGAGGCUUCAAAGAGCUAAGAAGUUCGAAAGCCACCAUUUUGGGUCAUUUUGACUCCCGUUGAAGGGGGUCGGCUCUCCCCCACCCCCAGACCCCAGGGCACCAAUCCAAUUGGAUUGUUUUUGUAAUCUAGGCAGUCAGGAAGAGCCUAAUCGGGGGCAUAUAGUUUAUGGGGAAAUGGAAGAUAAACCCCCAUUAAAAUGAAAAAUAUUCCUGGAGUUUGGUGGGUCACACGUAUGAGAGUAUAAACAGGGGCAGCCCUCAAAAUCAUUUUGGAAAUCAUUCUUUUUAAAAAGUCAUUAGGCUGUAAAAAAUUCUAUUCAGCCCACUUUUCCAGUGCCAUCCCUCUCUCUCCUCUGUAGGAUGAGAAGACGAGUGUUUGUCUUAGAUUCAUUCUGAGUUCUCCUCACAAACACGUUCCCCGGAAAAUAUGUACACUCAUGCAUGUCUGUAGGAUUCUGCUGCUUAUCUAGGUACAACUGUGUUCAUUUAAAUUAUUUUAGAACAUGUAUAUUAUGUAAGACUAUAUAUCUGCACUGUAUAAACCUUGGGCUGGGCCUUGGAUGCUGACUUUUCAAAUGAAUUUAAUUCAGUAAACAUUUCAUCUAGUGGAAAACUUUGAUAGUUUUCUUUAAAAAUAACCUUGUUCUGCUUUUAUAAAAUCACUCUUUCCUCUCUCCUCUCAAUCAUUGAAAAUAUUUCAAAGAGGAGAAACAAGCGUUUCUCAGGGAUUCAUCUGCUGCUCUUCCUUAAAUAUGUAAUCCUCUUCGUUAUGUCACAAAAGCCACGAAGGUGUCGGUUGUCAGAUGUAGGAGAUUUGAUGGCAAAGAAGGACUAAUCAUUGGCCCCUCAGUUUGGAAAGCAUUAAGACAAUCUAUGUGUAAUGAGUCUUCUGUGUGCAGGAAAUCUGCUUUCCAAUCUUCUCUAGGAUAUUGAGUUGGGGGAUCUUGCCGUAGGGAUAAUGUAUUUGAGGAUUUUCUGAUUAAGACUUUUAAAAAUGCCUAGGAGAAUGACUCUAAACAAAAAAGUUUCUUAAGCUGAACCUUUAUUGUAUCUGAAAAAAGUCUUCCUGGGGAUUGCACAACACUGCUGGCUUUUAAAACCAGGAGUAAAAGGAAAGCUCCGACUUAUAUGCGCAAGAUUUCUCAGUAGGCAUCAUUCAUGUAAAUAGUUGGGGAGGACACUGUAAUCACCCGCUCUUCCUCCCCGCAAAAAAAUCACUAUUUAAAGAUAGAACUGAUCUCUAAACUCAGGUGUGAUCUGACGCUUGAUUGGGGGGGGAUUGUUAGUUCGAUACUGACUUACCCCCAGGGAUCAGGAAUCAUCGGUGCUGUCCCAAAGCCCUCUGGAACAAAGGAAACUUCCUCAUUCUUGCAGCCGCUCCCUUGGAGCAGGAUCAGCGGUGCCCUUCCAGUAAAACCUUAAAGUACUUAUUUCCAGGAGGGUCCAGAUGGUUCAACGAUCCUCUCCCUUGAGACGGGAAACAGAAAUCAACAAAAUCCUUCGAGAGAGAGAAAAGUCUUGUCUCUUAAGCCCGUAUUCAGGUUUUCACAGUCCUACCUAAACAGGAAAUGAUAUCUUGCUGGCUGCAUUGGAAAGCUUGGGAACUUUUCCUCUCCUACUGUAGCUGUAGGAUUUCAUCUGUGGAGUUCCUGUCAAAGCGUACUGAGGUUGGAGGAGGAAGGAGAAUUAAGACUCCUCUCUCGGGGUUUUACAAACCCUUUUCAGCACUGCUGUGAGGGCUCUUACUCUUGAAUGAUGGAAAUGAAAGCUUGCUGCCAAGGAAGGAAAAAUGGCGUAGGAUGUAUUUUAUUAGCGACUAGCUUCAUGGCCUAGGGGAGGAAAUGAGCACACCUGAGAGUUUGUCAGCCUUGUAUUCAUUUAGAAUGAAAAGUAGUUAGAACAGCUGGUAUAAAAGCCUCAUUGGAUUUCUUUUUUAAUUCCUCUGAAAAGUUGGGAGCAGUCCCUCAGGAAAGAUAUGAAAGCUGCUCCAGCUCCUUUCCGUGAUUGCUUCUGAUAUUCACUGCUUCGGAGUAAAGUGCGACCACAUUGUGGUUUAGUCGUCGUGUCAGAUGUGUGAAAAAAUAUUACACUCUUCUUUUUGAAGGGCAUUAUUAAGCCGGGGCUGCCUCCCUGUAGUCCUAAGUGUGCCGAGACUUAGGGAAACUGGGCUGGAAUCCAUUAGCCAGUUGUCAUGACAGUAAAGCAAGUCGUGGGUGAUGUCUGGAAAAGUGAAAUUUCCUCCAUGCAGGUAUCUGAAGACACCCAGUCUUCCGUCUGGCAUCGCAGCCACCAGAGGCACUGGAGGGAUUUUGCAAUAUACUGACUUGUACCGUGUUUGUCUUUAAAAGGCCAAUAGUGAUGUGAAUGUAAGUAAUUAUAUUUGCACUACCCCGCUACCUGCUAAAAUACAAAAAACAAUGAAUUGGAAUCUUUAAUGCAAAUUGUGUCUAAUAUUUUCUAAGUGUCUGCCCUUUAAGGAGAAAUUGCUUCUUUGAACCUAAAUGUGAGUGUACAAUGUUCUGCUUAAUUAAAGUACUGUAUAUGAAGUCCUGGAACUGCAAUAAAAUCUCACUUUAAUAUGUA